GAGUGCGUUCUCGCGAGAUCUUGAUGAGCCUACUUCAAAGUAAAUGCCACGUCUUACCAGUAGCAUCAAGGCAGACAGAAACAUUAGCAGUUUACCUAACACACUGUACGCAUAACAGAGAGUUAUUCAGCAGCCCAGUAGGCAGAGAUAUCGGACACAAUCCGGGGAUAAUAUGGGCUGUAUACGUCUGCUGGCACUGACACUGGCCACAUCUGCAGUACUCCUGUUAGCCUCACAUUCAACCACUGCCCAUAGCCAUUCCCAUGGCGACCACGGCCACGGCCACGGCCACCAUCACCACGGCCACUCCCACGGAGAAGACGAUCAUGAAGACGUGAAGAUGUUCCACGGAGCGAGCAAGUGGAGCGCCGAGGCCAACAUCCCUCUCCAGGAAGAGGAACACCACGGGCACGCUCAUGAUCACGGGCACGCUCACGAUCACGGACACGCUCAUGAUCACGGGCACGCUCACGAUCACGGGCACGCUCACGAUCACGGACACGCUCACGAUCACGGACACGCUCACGGACAUGCUCACGGACACGCUCACGGACAUGGGCACGCUCAUCAGGAUGCGGAGGAUAUUGUUCGGGUGCACAAGGAGGAGAGUGGACACGCACACUCCCACGGAGGGGAGAGGGUGAAGAGGGAGGCAGAAGGAGAGAAAAGGGACACGGUGGAGCUGUGGACACAGGCUAUCGGAGCGACCCUGCUGAUCAGCGCGGCUCCUUUCCUCAUCCUGUUUCUGAUCCCAGUUCAGUCCAACAGCGACCAGCACCAGAACCUGCUCAAAGUGCUGCUCAGCUUCGCCUCCGGUGGACUGCUGGGAGACGCCUUCCUCCACCUCAUUCCACACGCUUUGGAGCCCCACUCUCACCACGGAGAAGAAGAUCAUGGACACUCGCACGCAAGUGAGGAGUCACGUGACCACGGCCACUCCCAUGGAGCCGCCCACGGUCACAUGAUGUCAGUGGGUUUGUGGGUUCUCGGUGGGAUCAUCGCCUUCCUGGUUGUGGAGAAGUUUGUGCGGGCCCUGAAGGGAGGCAGCGGCCACGGACAUUCCCACGGCCACUCGCAUGAUGCUCCCAAGGAGAAGGACAGUGAUGGAGAAGAAGAUAAGGAAAAGAAGAAGAAGAAAGAAAGCAAAGACAAGAAGGUGCCAAAGAAAGAGGAGACACAGGAGAAGAGCACAGACAUCAAGGUGUCGGGCUACCUCAACCUGGCAGCCGACUUCACACACAAUUUUACCGACGGCCUGGCAAUCGGAGCGUCGUUCCUGGUUGGCCCAGCGGUUGGCGCCGUCACCACGCUCACCAUCCUGCUGCACGAGGUCCCGCAUGAGAUCGGAGACUUUGCCAUCCUUGUCCAGUCCGGCUGCACCAAAAAAAAGGCCAUGUGUCUCCAGUUGCUGACUGCCCUGGGAGCUCUGGCCGGCACAGCUUGCUCCCUAUUGGCCGAGGGCGUGGGCGCGGCGGCGACCGCCUGGAUCCUGCCGUUCACGGCCGGCGGCUUUGUUUACAUCGCCACGGUCACCGUGCUGCCAGAACUGCUGGCGGGCCGCUCCAGCUUCGGCCAGUCUCUGAUGGAGAUUCUGGCGCUGCUGUUCGGGGUGGGCAUGAUGGUGCUGAUUGCCGAGUACGAGUGAGACGCAGCCGAGUGGACGCAGAGGGUGAAAAGGUCAAACGGUCGGGGGGAGAAAAGAAAGAAAAGCUGGUUUUAAAGUAGAGUUCAAGUAGACGGUUAAGUCAGGGGUGUGUUUCUCUCCUUUUUUUUAUUAAUUAUGUUUUUGGGACAAAAUCCACAUCCAUUUUUUUUUUUUUUUGGUUACUGUCUCUUUUUUGUCUUCUUAAAAAGCUGCACAGACUGAGAGCUGGAUGGAAACAACCUGAUGGGGAAAGGUUUUUCGAGGACGGCUGUGUUGUUCGUUAAGGGCCUCCCAUCAGGACUAGAGGAGAAAUCCUUUCUGUCCAGUGCCAGAAAUCACUCACCGCUUUUACCACGCGGAUCAAUCAGCUGCAGCUCUACUGCAGCGUAAACAGACGGCCAGGUUUCCUUACAGAAGUGGCUUAAAGCAGAUUCAUCUUCCAGCCAUAACACCACAUUUUCUAUCGUUUUGCAGGUGGUUGGUACAUUUCAGAGUCAGUCAGUGAAAGAGCAGAGAAAGCGAUGGACUGGCUCGGUUGUUCUCCCUGCAGUGACCUGCUCACUAACACGUGUUUAAUGUCUGUUUCAUUGGAGAAAAAUUAGUCUUAAUGUUUUACAUUCCACAAAAUAACAGUAAAUGUCGUGGCUUCUACAAAUGUACUCUCAAAUUAUUAAAGCCUUCAUGAAGGGAAAUGUUUCCUAAACAAUCUAUUGUUUAUUUCCAAUGCUAGGAUAAUACUGACAGCUGUGAUGAACAUCUCCGAUAACGCUUCAUUGUUUCCAGUGAUUACUUUUCAGCAUAUUCUCUAACAACUUAAUACUUGAAAAUGUAUUGUACUGUGAUAAUGAUAAUGUACAUGGUUGAAUGGCCUGUUUUUAUUUAGCAAGUUAAAAAUUCACAGAGCUGACCACAAGAGGGAGCAGUAGAUCCUUCAUUUUUAAGGUUUAAGAGUUUGUGUAAAGGAUACAGUAUCUGACAGAUAGAUUACACAAAGCGUGCAGCAUUAUGAAAACAUUUAACCACAUGUCAGGCAGGUUAAGUGUCACGCCCUCGCUGCUAAUGUGUUUCAUGUUGCUCUGCUUCUGUGUCAGCUUUCCCUGCACACUUUAUGCAACUUUCUGAUUGGCUUUUACAAAAGUGUUGAAUUUUAAAAAAUGAACCUUGAUUCCAUUUGUCCUGACAGACCCGGAGGAAGUCUCACGCUGCAUGAUUGAGACACAUUUGUGAUUUUGUGGGCUGUGCAAAUAAAAUUGACUUGACUUGAAAA